CACGAGUGCUGCGUGAGCUUAUGCACAAUUGUAGUGGCUGAUCAACAUCAGGGACAAGUGAGAGCCAACAGCUAGCUGUUGCCGGAAAAAUAAUGUAAAAGAAUGGAAACCUUCUUUUUAAGCGAAUCCACCCACUAUGGUGUGUUUCGUCUUUCACCAGAUAUUACAGGAAAUUUCGCAGCUUCAGACCACACAAGCCUCUUCCUGUUGCCCCCUUCUAUGAUGAGGUAGGACUUUCGUGAAAAGCCCGAACGAGAUAAGACUCAAAACAUGAAAUCGGAUUCUUUAAAACGGUGUCCUUUGCUGUGGAUUAUAUCAACUUUCUACUAUGACAUUCCACAUUAAGAGCCGUGAAUUAGAAAGUGAGAAGUAUGUCUGAAUUCCCGAAUCACCAUGCCAAGGAAACCAUCUACAAAAGUUCUGAUAAGAAGGACAGACAGUCAGAGCCUGGGAAGAUGAAAGGUUUGGAGAGAAUGGGAUCACAGCUGGAGAAGAUUGGUGAAUUUUUUCACAUCUGUGACAGUGAGGACAAAGGUUUCAUUACACCCACUGAUUUGAGGAGGUUGAACAAAGAAAUACCACUUUCUGCAGAAGAACUGGAAAAUGUCUUUGACUCAUUGGACUUGGACAGUAAUGGCUACCUUACUCUAGAAGAGUUCUCCUCUGGAUUCAGUAAAUUUCUGCAGGGACGCAGAAUGAGUCAGGAAGAGGAUCAGCUUUUGGGUCUUUCACAGUCCUGUCCAGAAGAUCUAUAUCAGAAUGAGCCACAGGAUCAUGAAGACGAAAGACACUUUAGUGCGCUGAUGGAAAGCCUAGGCGCUAACAACAUCUUCGAAGAUCCCAGCGAAGUGCGCACUCUGUGGACUCAGCUGAGAAAAGACGAGCCUCAUCUCUUGUACAACUUUGAAGAUUUCCUGGCUCGAGUCACAUCCCAGAUCAGAGUGGCCCAACAAGAGAAGAGUGAGAUGGAAAGUGCCUUAAGAAAAAAAGCCGCUACACACAAUGGUGAAAUCCAGCAGUUGUACGAGGAAAUGGAGCAACAGAUAAAAAAUGAGAAAGAUCGACUGAGUCACAAGGACUUCAGAAGUCAGGAUCUGCAACAGCAGCUGAGCAGCAAAGAGCAAGAACUUGAGAGCCUCUUCGAGAAACAAAGAAGGUUGGAGCAACAAUGUCAAGAACUGCACAGUGAACGACAGGAAAGUCAGCUGGAGAACAUGAAACUAAAAAUGACCAAUCAGGAGCUCUCACGCGAGCUGGAACACAUCUGUAAUGAGCUGUCAUUGGCCCAGGAACAACUAACCAGUCUACAGGAGCUAGGCAUGAGACAGCAGCAAGAAAAAGAAAUGGAGAUGUACAGACUCACAGAGAAGCUGCAGACAGAGAAACAGAACCUAGCCGAACAGUUAGACCUGCUCAGAGAAAUGAAUGAAUAUUUAAGAAAUAAAAAAGACUCAUUGAAAUGCAGCAACCUGAGAGAGAAAUCCACCCUUGAACAGGGACAAGGCUCAAACCAACAAAUUGUUCAUCCCAAUAAAAAGCAGGCUACAGAACGUGAGGCUGGUACAGAAGUGACUCAGCAGCCUAACAGGAAGACUUCAUGUUGUAACUCUAGGCCACACUCUGCAUCUGGAGAUGACGGGAUGAUAAGAGCAGCCAAGCAAACUGCGAGCGUGAGUGAGAACCCAGACCCAGUGGAUCCUCCAUCAUUCCACAGGGUUAUCUCCAUAGAGGAGGACCCCCUCCCACACCUGCUAGGAGAACCCUGUCCUGUCCUCCACCAGAUGAAUGAAGAAGAAGAACUAGCUCAGAUUGAUCUUCAGAUGAGCCCCAUGUUUUUCUCAAACAUGUCCCUGGCCUGUAUGACGAGGGGCCAGACAUCAGGCAAGGAGGUUUUGCAGAAGGUACCAGUGGAGAGUUUGGUGUCAACCCCACAGCGCCUCUUUAAAAUCAUUCUAGUGGGAAACUCAGGUGUGGGUAAAACUGCUUUAAUGCACCGUUUCUGUGAUGGCCAUUUUCACGCAGACACUGCAACCACUGUCGGCAUUGACUACAGUGUGCGGACUCUAAAUCUGGGGGACAGUCAUGUGGUUGUUCAGGUGUGGGACACUGCAGGACAAGAGAGAUUUCGAAGCAUCACCAAGCAGUUUUUCCGCAAGGCUGAUGGCGUGGUAGUGACCUAUGACAUCACUCAGCAUGACAGCUUUAAGUCUGUGCGCUCCUGGUUGGUGAGCAUACAGGAAACAGUCGGGGACUCAGUUCCCAUCAUGCUUCUGGGCAACAAAUCAGACAGCGAGAGUAUGAGACAGGUAGCAGCUGGAGAAGGAGAAAAGCUUGCUAAGGAAGCAUGCUUGUUGUUCUACGAGUGCAGUGCGUAUACGGGCGACAAUGUGCUUGAGGCCAUGGUACACCUUGCCAGAGUACUGAAGGAGCAGGAGGACAGAGAUUGGGAGAACACAGUACGGCUGGUGAAUCAGCCAGUGAAGAAGAAAACCUGCUGCAUGUGAACAAGCGCGCGCACACACACACACACACACACACACACACACAGAGGUAUAUUAAAUGUGUAGCAUACAACAAAGAGCGCUGGAGGUGAACAGCUAAGCUGUAAUUAGAAAACAUUAUCUGAAACUAAUCCAUCUGUUAUGCUCCGUGCUUUCAUUAUGCAGCUGUUGCUGGUUUAAUGGACUGACAAAAGUGUUUUUCACUUGGGUCUAUGGACUCGAUAUGUAGUACAUUCUGUGUAUAAAUCAAACUACAUGCAGCACAAGAACCUCUCACCACCAUGUGUCGAUGAAUGAGCAUGAGCCAGCAUGAAAGUAACACACCCGUGAUUCUCUGUCUAAGUUCGGAAAUCUUUUGUACAUUUUUGAGUUAUGUACUAAAUUAUUAGUAUUGUACAUAUGUGUUUUUUCCUACGAUAUUAUCACGUGUAUAUAAAUCAAUACUUGGGUGAUAAAUGUAAUAAACUAAGAUGCACAAAUAAUUUUCACAUCUCAGAUUUAUUUUCCUCUUUCCAGAUUCCAAAAUUCCUAACAAAUGUUUGCA